UACGAAAAUAACUCCUACUUUCUCGUAUAAAUCUCCAUAUAUAUAUCUUGCGUAUCACUCAUACAACUCCCUACAUAUGUAUCAAAAAACAAUGAAAACUUAUUCCUAUGUGGGAAAGAAACUAGAACAACUUUGUAGUUCAUGUUUCUUUCGAUUCAUAUGGUUUCAUCUACGAGGAAACAAGUUUUCCUUAGAGUUGAUCUAUUUUCUUUUUAUUUCAUCUUUAGGGUUUUCCAUUCUCCGAUCAUUGGAUGCAAAAUCUCCCACAUUCACACCAGGAAACCUCGACUUAUUCUUCACUUCGGUCUCUGCGGCUGCUGUCACGAGCAUGUCCACCGUAGAAAUGGAGGUUUUUUCCAACACCCAACUUGUCAUUUUGACAAUUCUUAUGCUCAUUGGUGGCGAGGUGUUCACUUCGUGGCUUUCACUCAAACUCCGUACGUUGUUUUUUAAGGUCUCACAUAAAGAUGAUGAUACGGUUGAUCUAUCUUUGAGCAACCACCACGAAGAUCCCAGCAAUAACAUAGCCAUUCUUGAACUUGAAAGUUCAAUAUCAGAAAGUAUUAAUCAUAUGGAGGUUUUAAAGUACAAAUCCUUAAAGUUUUUGAGUCUCGUUGUAUUGUUUUACCUACUAUUUGUCCAUGUUUUGGGUCUGGUCUCAGUUUUUAUUUACAUAAAUGCCAUCUCAAGUGCAAGAAACAUACUCGAGCAAAAGGGUCUGCAUGCAGUCACUUUCUCCUUCUUUACUAUAGUUUCAUCCUUUUCCAAUUGUGGGUUCAUUCCAACCAAUGAAAACAUGUUGAUCUUUAGAAAAAACUCUGGCUUGUUGUUAAUUAUAGUCCCUCAAAUUCUCUUAGGUAACACUUUGUUCCCUCCAGUUUUAAGAUCUAUCAUUUGGGCUGUAGGAAAAAUCACCAACAAAGAAGAAACUAGGUACUUGUUAAGAAACUCAAAAGUAGUUGGGUACCAUCAUCUUCUUUCUUACAAACACUCUUUCCUUCUUCUGAUAACAGUGUCAGUUUUUCUCAUGGUGCAAUAUAUCUUGUUUUCAUCAAUGGAGUGGACUUCGGGGUCAUUGGGAGACCUGAAUGUCUACCAAAAACUUGUUGGGAUCUUAUUUCAGGUAGUAAACACUCGGCAUACCGGUGAAUCCGUUGUGGACCUCUCAACCAUCAGUGGAGCCGUAUUGGUGUUGUUCAUAUUCAUGAUGUAUCUACCACCGUACACCUCAUUUUUACCGGUAGGAGAAGAAAUUUGUGAACAGGGAAGUAAAAGGAAUAGCAAAGUCAUAGAGAACUUUACGUUCUCACAAUUGACAUAUUUAGUCAUCUUCAUCAUAAUUGUUUGCAUAACCGAGAGGAAAAAGAUGGUUAAUGAUCCACUCAACUUCAAUGUUUUGAAUAUCGUGGUUGAAGUUAUAAGUGCAUAUGGAAACGUAGGGUUGUCAACCGGCUACAAUUGUGACCGUCGACUGAAGCCAAAUGGAAGUUGUGAAAACAAGUGGUAUGGGUUCUCGGGGAAGUUUAGUGAUGAGGGAAAAGUAGUCAUCAUCAUAGUUAUGAUUUUUGGCAGGCUAAAGAAAUUUAGUAUUAAUGGAGGCAAAGCUUGGAAACUCAUGUGACCACUACUUGUAAGUUCAUAUCCUCUAGAUAUAUAGGUAAUGUAUGAAUUCUUAAUUAUAUGGGUUGAGAGUGAUGUUAAGAAUGCUCUUCUCAAGUGCAGUUUAUGUUACAUUCUAUUUUUCUUGACCUUUUGGAUCUUGUCAUCUAUCCUUUGUACUAACACCUAUAAAAACUACAUACUUACUUCA